AUGCGCUUUCUCAAGUCUUUGACUUUCCGUCAUCGUAGGACAAAGUCAGAAACAUUUCUUGCUCAGGGAGAAACCUAUAGCUUCUCGAGGGACCCUUGUAUUUCUCCAGACGACCCCGGUUCAUCGUUGACAACCACAGUGGCAGCGGCGAAUUCAACCAAAACAGCUCUAAAUUUGCGUCUUCUCGAUCUUGACAUUCAAAAUCGUCGUCUUAGGGACGCCAACACUGGCUGGGCCUGCCUCAAGGCCACUCGCGAAGACCUCCUAAUCUUUCGCAGAAACCAUGCAGCGGCGGACAACAAGAAUCUCGAGCAGCUACAAGCCACUUUCGACAACGUAUUUGCCAUUAUGACCCGGCUCGGCCUAACUACGCUCACUGAAGAGUCAUUUCAAGAUGGCCUGAAAUUAGAAAUGCAGAUAAUAGAUGCCAUUCAGGAGGCUGCCGUCAUCCCAGGCAACAUUUGGACGAAAGUGAUUCCUUCCCCCCUGGUUUAUAACUCUCCACGGCAAUACGCUUCUGCUCUUCGAAUGACGCUGGACACUCGUAAGGAACUUCGUAAGAGCAAGAAAGUAGCUAGAUUUUGGAAGCACUUGGCGAAGAUGGACGGCCAACACCUGGAGGCUGUCACACCGUCCGCGUCCAACAUUCCAUCUGUUUGCGAGUCUAACCUGACACCAGACCGCCGGACCGCCCUUCAAAUGCUGAUUGCCCGACGUCGUCAAUAUCUCAGAGCUGUCUAG